AUGGCAUCACUUGACAAAGAUUAUCCAUGGUCCCAAGGAGACAUUCUGAAGUUACUGGAAUGCAUCAAGAAAAAUAUCCCCUCAGAUGACUCCGGAUCAUUCAAAAAAACCCAGGAAGACCUAGACUGGGGCAAAGUGGCUUUUAAACAUUUUUCAGGAAAAAUGUGCAAACAAAAGUGGAUACAACUUUCUCAUAAUUUGAGGAAGUUCCGCACACUGUCAGAAUUAGUGCUAGAAGCCAAUGAACAUGUGAAACAACAGCCCCAAAGUAAGAAACAUCCUGACUUCCCCAAAAGACCCCUGACUGCCUAUCUGCGCUUUUACAAAGAGCAGCGGGCUAAGUACUCUCAGCGGUAUCCUAAAUACAACAACUCACAGCUGGCCAAACUCCUGGCAGAGAAAUACAAUCAGCUGCCCCGGGAGAUCAAGGAGAAAUAUAUUCAGGACUUCCAGAAGGAGAAACAGGACUUUGAGGAAAAACUGAUUAAAUUCAAGAAAAACCAUCCUGAUGUAGAGCAUUAUAAGAAAUCUGUGGUGCCCAGGAGCCGGGAAACCAAAGUCCCGAAGAAACCACAAAGAGAUAUGGAAAACGUGAAGUCUCCUCUAAAAACAGAUCUUCCCAAAACAUUUCCCUCAGUGAUGAAAUUUCAGGGAGAACCCAAGAAACCCCCUAUGAAUGGAUACCACAAAUUUCAUCAAGAUUCGUGGUCAAGUCUGGAGCUGUGCCGUCUACCCUUGAGGGAGCGCUGGGUUGAGAUUAGCAGACGAUGGCAGCAAGUCCCCAAGAGCCAGAAAGAGCACUAUAACACUCAGGCUGAGAAGCUACAGAAACAAUACCAGGUGGACAUGGACCUCUGGCUGAAGGGAUUGUCAUCUGAGGAAUACACUGCAUACAGAAAGGCACAGGUUGCCUGUGGUAAGCGAAAGAACUUGGCCAUGUCUGGAGGCAAAAGCCCCAAGUUUGGACGGACAGAUCAGCAGUCCAAUUCAGCAGAGGAGCAGCAAAAAAGGCCUGGGGAAAUGCAAGAGCUGCUGGCUCCUGGAACAGAUUCUUCGGAGACUAUUCAGGGCGCUGAUGGUGGCUCCCAGGUAUUCAGGCAGAAUAUGAUGGAAGAUGGAGAAGAGGACGACUCUAGCAGCUCCUCAGACGAUUCUAGCAGCUCCUGGCAUGGCUCUAGCGGCUCCUCAGACGACUCUAGCGGCUCCUCGGACGACUCUAGCAGUACAGAUGAAGAUGAUGGCCCGGCGGUGCUAGCGCCCGCCUCUAAAUCCUAG